ACAAUUUGUGAUCACAAAAAAGCAAACAGCAAACUUGAGAAAUUAGUAGUUUUGUAAAAGAGAUCGCAUUUGUAGGAGAGGGGUCUUUUUUCCGUGUCUAUUAAACCUUCAAAUUUUAUUUUCUCUUAAUAAUUUUUUACCAUUUUAUAAGUAAGCAUAUAGGCUUUCUAAAAAUAUAUACAUUAAUAUAUCAAAAUAAAGUUUUGGUGAAUUAUUAGCAUUUUAAAAUAUCACACCUUUUUUGUAUACUCACCGUAUUUUUAUUGUUUAUUGGUAAGUACAUCUCAAACUUGCUUCUUUUUUACCCACACAGCCAUAAAAACUUUGUAAAAAUGUUGCUAGGAAGGAAUAUGGAUAUUUAUUUAGGAAACAUAGUUAUUUGUGUAUCGUUAUAGUAGUUAUUUUAGUAGAUUUUGGGAUUUAGACGUUCCUUAAUUUUUGCUACCUCGCCUAAAAUUUAUUUUGUGGCUGCCACAAAAAAGUUUUUUGUUCGCCUCUCCUUUAAAAGAAUAAAAAUCUAGGAACAAAAAAAGAUUUUAAAAUGUUGAUAUGACGUCAUUAAACAUGAAAAAAAGUAAACACGCUCUAACGAAGUGAAUAAAUUAAUCAAUUAAUAUUAAUAAAUUAACAGAUGGGUUUUGUCACGCAAUCUUUAAAACGUUCUGUUGCACAUUUCUAACAAGCAAUGAACUUUAUUUUUACAUAAGCAAAUGUUAUAUACACCUGCCGUAUUGACUGAUGUGAGUCAGGGGAGAAUUACUGUGAAAAAAAAGGAGGAAUUCCUAAAGAGUGGGGAAUUGAGAGGAAUUCUGUAGGAGAAUAAAUCGCCGAUUGUGUCAAAUUCUAAAAAAUAUAUUGGAACAAAGUAAAAAUUAUUUCCCAAAUUAAAAAACUUAAAAAUUAUUUUGUUGCUAAGCAACUAUACACAUCUGGUUAAAAAAGACUUUUUUGGAUAUCUUAUUUCGUAAAUCCGUCACGCGAUAUAUCACAUGUUUGUGCAACGAAACAUAUUAUCGGGAGCGUUUUGAAGUAAAAACUAUGUGGCUAGUUCACUCGCGUCGAAAUAAUUUCAAAAAUUCAAGAAGUAUGGAAUCGCAAAACGGCUACCCGAAAUCCCGACAACAUCAUGAUGCCACGAUCGACAAAUUAGAAUCAACCGACACAACUCCUAUAAAACCAUCCGUCAAAGUUCUUCUUAUUCGUGGUAUCGUUAUCAUAGUGUACUUGUUAGUGGGAGCUUUAGUUUUUCGAGAAUUAGAACACAAGGAAAGAGAUAAAACAUACUGGAAACGAACGUUGCACAAAGAAAGAGAGAAAUUGAUUAAUGAAUUCAACAUCACGCUAGAUAGGUUAUUGCAAUAUGAACAUCUUGUUAGAAGGAGACGCUUUGAAAUCUUCGUUGAACACAAGGACUGGGAUUACUAUCAAUCUCUCUAUUUCGCGUCUACUGUGACCACAACUAUAGGGUAUGGCCAUAUUACACCUCAAACGCAAAGUGGUCGUCUUUUCCUCAUCAUAUUCGCACUUAUCGGCAUACCGUUGAACAUACUUGCCCUCGCAUCGGUUGGAGAACACAUAACUGUUGCUAUCUUCUACUUUUUACGCUACAUUAGCAAAAAAUGUUGUCACAAGUCAAAGAUGAAUCAUAUCAACAUUAAAGUCAUGUUUGUUUCGGUUUCACUUAUGGUGAUCAUGCUAUUUCUUGGAGGAAUGUUGUAUUGCUACACAGAAGAUUGGAGCUACAUAGAUAGCAUUUAUUAUUGCUUUGUUGCCAUGGCAACAAUCGGUUUUGGAGACUUAGUGCCAAAUCGUGGUCGUGCUCCAGAUAGUGAUAGAGAACAAGGCAUCUGGUUUUUACGUGCGUUGUAUAUAUCGAUAGGAUUGAGUCUGGUUUCAACCGUGUUCACUGCGUUAUCAAAUGCAAUGGAAGAAAUUAAUCUUCUUUUAGGCAGAGGCAAAUAUGCAAACACUUGGCGUCCGAAUCAUAAGGAUAAAUCAAUGACAGACAGCUUUCGUCCUCAGCGAAAAAAUAGUGAAGACAAAAGCGAAGAAAUAUCUUACAAGCAUAAAAUCAAAAACCAUGGAAACCUUGUCCUAAAGUACAAAGUUCUUGGGAAAUUUAAACGGAGAAAGAAAGGGGCGCUAAAUCUUUCUGACUGGGAUGGAUUACUAGAAGAAGCUAAGCGUAAGGAACGCCAUAACCCAUCAAGACACUCACCAUCAAUUAUUCGUGAUAUGGCUACGAAACCGACUAUGGUAGUGCUAGCUGAUCAAGAAAAACAAACAACACACAAUAGCUACAUCAAGAACAGCUACCCUAAAGAAAAUUUUUUAUUAUUGCCUAUGUUACCGGACUGUGAAACAGCUUCUUCCAAAAUUUCAGCAAGUGAGGGCAGUACUCCAUCUACUGCUACGAGAAGUGAUGAUACCUCCGAUAGAGAAUUUGUGGAGCUGCAUUGCAACACUAGGACUGCAAGAAGGCUCAACUCAUCUCCUGAUUUUAGAAGUAGACACAUACCUCAUCAGAACGUCUCCAGAAAUUAUUCCGUUCCUGCUGGAGUAAGACAAAUUGACGAUGCGGACACUAGAAGACCUUUUCCCAAACAUUUAGUUCAUUAUAACUAUAACAAACAGAGAGAUAAACAUUACCCUAAAUAUGAUGGCCUAUCGAGAUUCUGUAGGACGAACACUUGGAAUACUAAGCCGCCGAUUGACGAAUAUGAUAUAAUUUUAAAUCAGUGUUAGCUGAGUUAAAAAUUAUAAAUAUCAAAAAAUUUCAAUAA